AUGUUUGGCCUGUCCACGCGCAAACAGCACAGAGAGCACGCGCACAGGUGGAACGAAGCCCUGCGCACGAGACAGAAGGAGUUAAAAACCUCAGUGGGUGUUCACGACUGUAAAAAUGAGCCAGCAGCUCCUCCCUGCGGCUCGAAGGAGGCACAGCACCCGGGAAGCUUCUGCCCGUUCACCACUCUGAUGGCUGACAGCACUCCAAGCUUUAAGGCAGCUGACCUGGUUAUCCAGCUGUCCCCCUCUUCAAAGACCAAACCAGAUGUUUUGGAUUUUGGGACUGUCUUCACUGACCACAUGUUGACCAUAGAGUGGAGUGUGACUGAGGGCUGGCAGGCUCCGCUCAUCAAACCCUUCGGGAACCUGUCGCUCCACCCAGCCUGUUCAUCACUACACUACGGCAUACAGCUGUUUGAAGGGUUGAAGGCGUACCGUGGAGACGACAACCGACUGUGCCUCUUCAGACCAAUGCUUAACAUGAACCGCAUGGCCAACUCUGCCAAAAGAGCUUGUCUGCCUGCCUUUGAUCAGUCAGAGUUGCUGGAGUGCAUCAGGCAACUGGUAGAGAUUGACCAGGACUGGGUUCCUUACUCAGGCUCAGCCAGUCUGUACAUUAGACCAACAUUUAUCAGCACUGAGCCCUCUCUGGGUGUAAAGAAGCCUACCCGUGCUUUGCUGUAUGUGAUCUUGAGCCCAGCGGGUUCCUACUUCAACAACGAGUCAGAGGCCAUAUCCUUGUGGGCCAAUCCAAAGUACACACGGGCCUGGAAAGGAGGAACAGGAGACUGCAAGAUGGGAGGGAACUACGGCUGUGCUCUGUUUGCCCAGUAUGAAGCAGUGGAUUAUGGGUGUCAGCAGGUGCUGUGGCUGUACGGAGAGGACCAACAGAUCACUGAGGCAGGAACCAUGAACAUCUUUCUGCACUGGAUCAAUGAGGAUGGGGAGGAGGAGCUUGCAACUCCACCUCUGGAUGGCAUCAUCCUCCCAGGCAUAACCCGACAGAGCAUCCUGGAACUGACCAGGAAAUGGGGUGAGUUUAAGGUGACAGAGCGGUACCUGACCAUGGACCAGCUGUGCUCUGCUCUGAAGCAGCAGCGAGUCAAAGAAAUGUUUGGCUCUGGCACUGCUUGUAUGAUCUGCCCUAUAGGACAUAUUAUGUACCAGGGAGAGAAUUUGCACAUCCCCCGUCAGGAUAAAAACUCACAGCUGACUUCACAAAUAGCCAAGGAACUCACAGAUAUACAGUAUGGACGGACAUCCAGCGACUGGACUUACCUGGUGUAACAGUGACAAAGGAACCUGACACACACAUGCACAAUGUGUACAGGAACGCAUAAAAUUACGCAACAACCAAAGACACACUGCAUAAGGAAACAAUGCAAUAUUUUUUGUGUAACUGCAAUAUACUGAGGAGCCAGACAUGUAGUGAAAUGGCUUGGUGGAGAGUAUAUCAGACAAUCUUAUCUCCUUUUAAACUUAAAUUAAAGACAAACAUACAACCGUCCAAAAUAAUUAAGAAAAGCAGGCAAAAGUCUCAUGCAAUACUGUACAAUAACUUACAGUGUCUCAGCCCCUGUGACUUGUUCCACCGCUUUUUGCCUCAUUUUCCAGCCAACAUCCAGGAUACAACUGUAGCUUUGAUACAACAUGAAAAGAAAAAAACAUGUGAGAUAUUAGAGUUACAGAGAAUUUCAUAUUACUUGUGUCAGAAUUACAAAGCAGCUUUAAAAGGACUUAGAUCAGUGGGUCUGAUAUGAAACUCACUCAAAGUUUCCUGCAUUUAAAAAGAGUUUUAUUGAGUAUUUUAGGUGUGAAAUCCUUUUUAAUUUUAGUUCAAAUCUCGGGCAAUAUUGAGUCACCAAUUAACCUGGUGUCCUUAAGUCCUGAAGUUAAAAUACUACCUUAACGAAGGUAAAUACAGUAGUGGGG